AUGUCAACGGUUGUACUCUCGCAGGCUUCAUGUUAUGCGACCAAAUUCAGCAUCAGCGCUGCCAGAAACGUCUCGUCCGUCUCGGCUUACGGCGACGCGGGCAGUGGUAUUGGUACACGACUCUGGAAGGCUGCGCUUUUCAACAGCGCCUUCACCCAGUUUUUCGACAUUCAGAUCAACGCUGGAACAGGUGCGGGUUUGCGUAUCUUUGAUGUGUCUCCCAUGGUGACUUUACAACCCGACACGUACUACUUGCGAGUGCAUAAGUUUGCUGGUCCCAAUGGGAACUGGCUCUUGUCCAGCACGAAUGUCGCGCCCGACGCAACGACUGUCCAAAUGGCCUGCACCGCCACAACUAUUCUGGAUGCAACCUCCUAUCCCAACAAUGAUUUGAUUGCGUAUGUGAAUUUUACCAGUUGGGACGAUUCCGACGGAGACGGCGUGAUGGAUUGCAACGAUGGGUGCCCGUACAAUGCCGCGCUUCUCAGUCCCGUUCAGCGCUAUCGCGAUUUGGAUCUUGACGGAUUUGGAAAUCCUAGCAACCUUGUCGACACGUGCACCCCAAGCGCUCCUGGUUACACAGUCGACCACACCGACUGUAACGAUAACUGCUCCUCUUGCCACCCUGGAGCUACCGAGGUUUGCGACUAUCUGGACAAUGACUGCGACGGCUAUGUUGAUGAAGGAGUCAACAUCACAUAUUAUCGCGAUUUCGAUGGAGACUCGCAUGGCAAUUUCUCGGACAAGAUCGUCGCCUGCGCUCUCCCUGCAGGCUACGCCACAUCCUCUGAUGAUUGCAAUGACAACUGCUUCACUUGCCAUCCUGGCGCAACCGAGGUUUGCGACUACUUGGACAACAAUUGCAACAACCAAAUCGAUGAGGGUCUCACCGUCGUGUAUUUCCGAGGCAAGUCGCGAAGAUUCUAUGCUGACAACGAUUCGUAUGGAGACGCGUCCACGCCGUCGAGCCCAUUGUGCGAAGCCCCUCCCGGCUAUGUGGUUAGCAACACCGAUUGCAAUGACAGCUGCUCAUCGUGCUACCCGGGCGCGCCCGAGGUGUGUGAUGAGUUGGACAACAACUGUGACACGCACAUUGACGAGAAUGUGCAAAUUGAGGUCUUCCAAGAUUCCGAUCUCGACGGUUUUGGCGAUGUCAACUACCCCUUCAUGACUUGCGCCGUGUCUGUCGGGUUUUCUCUUCUGUCGACCGACUGCAACGAUACAGAUGCCAGCGUUCAUCCCAACGCGACCGAGGUGUGCAACUGGAUUGACGACAACUGCUCUGGAGCUGUUGACGAAGGUCUGCCCUUGCACAAAUUCCGCUCCAUUGCGCUCAACCAGACCUCGGGCACGUACGACUUCAAGGACGAUUGUCGUGCUGGCCCUGGCUUUAUGGCGGUGGAAACGCCGGAAGACUCGAGCGACUCGUCUGCCGUCACCAUUGGUGUCAUCACUGGCAUUGCUGGUCUGGCCGUGGUUCUCUUUAUCAUCAUUCUUGUGCUGCGUCGUCGCAAAACCGUCGGACCGCAGGGUGGGCUUGCGUACGCGUGGAUGGGCGAUCCUGGCAGCCUGACGCGGUCGAAGGCUGCGGAAAUGAUGGACCCAGAGUCCCAGGCCUUGUUGGCGUCCUUCCAAGGUGCUUUGCAAAUCCACCGCGACUGGCUCGAUUUGAAGGAAACCAUUGGCCAAGGCGAGUUUGGCAAAGUCUACAUUGCCUUCCUUGAUCGCACCAUCGACCCGCUUGCUCUCCCAACCGACAAGCCAGCGGCAGCCCUCAGCACUGCCGUCGCUGUCGCACCCUCCGGUACCAAGGUUGCCGUCAAGAUGCUGCAUUCCGAUGCUUCUCAACGCGAACGAAACGACUUUUUGAAAGAAGCGAGCAUCAUGAAAGACUUUGACCACGAGAAUGUCAUUCGCUUGAUUGGCGCCGUGACAGCAGACCCGACCAAGCUGAUGAUUGUGCUCGAGUUUGCGCAUCAAGGUGACUUGAAAAAGUACAUCAAGAUGAGCGAGCUGUCGGAGGAAGCUCUGGCCAAGCUCCCGCCCAACCAAACUGCCCCGCCUUCCAGCGUGCCGUUGCAGCAAAUGCUUGGAUUUGUUCGAGACGUGGCUCGUGGCAUGACCUAUCUUGCCAGCCGUCACUUUGUUCACCGUGACUUGGCCGCUCGCAACUGCAUGCUCGUCGAGUCGUCCACUGGGCAGCUCGUUGCCAAAGUAGCAGACUUUGGCAUGUCUCGCGACAUUUACGAGUCUGACUAUUACAAGAAGGCUGGCGUUGACAAGGUACCGUUGAGGUGGAUGGCUCCAGAGGCUCUUUCCAGUCGCAAGUACUCUGAAAAGACGGACGUCUGGAGCUUUGGUGUGGUCUGCUACGAAGUCUUGAGCGUCGCACAGCUGCCGUAUGGUCACAUUGCGACGUCUGACUUGCUCGACUAUUUGAUGGCUGGCAAGCGCCUGCAGCGACCGGUUGGCUGCCCCGUCAGCCUGUACGGGCUCAUGCUCACGUGUUGGCAAUUCAACGCCAACAACCGCCCGCGCUUUGAGACCAUCUCCCGCGCGAUGAACGACAUUUUCGAGCACCCUGACGUGGUUCCAUCAUCAUUGAGCCACUACCUGGAAAUCACCCCAUCUCCCGGCUCCUCUACUGAAGGCGAACUCUCGGCCAGCUCAAGCGACACGACGCCGCUUUCCGUCGCCGAAAUCAUUCGACGCGGCGAGGUCACUGUUGCUCUCAAGCAUUCUGGAAGUGAGGACUCCCUCAGCAAGGUGGGUGCCUCCUCCCACACGCUCAUCGUGGCAGGAGACGUGAGUCGAGCGUCGGCCGAGGCAUCGGUCUCGGCAGCAACAGCCCUCGGCUCGCAAGACACGGGCGACUACUCGUUGACGCAGGAUGCCCAGUUUUCAUCCGUAGAGAUGCGCCAUCGAAUGGAAUCAACCGCUGCACAAAAGCGCCGAGACGGGACCGUUACGGUCGACGUCAGCCACGAAAACGAGUCUUCAGUAUGUUCUACCCCAAGACAGCCGUGUGGUCAUGCCCGAGUUCCAGGACAACAGCAGCGAUUCCCACUACUGGAACGAUCCCUGGCGAAGCCGUGUAAUUUCGGCGGGGCCUGA